AUGGCGGCGCUCCGAAAGGAAUCCGGAAGUCUGGUUCUCCUUAACCCCUCUAAAGGGCGACGUCGUGCGGGGCAGCGGAGGCGUGGCUUGCGUGGGGAAAAGGGUGAGUUCUUUAGGAGUAUGUUCUUCGCUGUGCGCAGGCGCGCGCGCCUCUCCGCGCCUGCGCGGCCGCCUCGAUGGUGUUGGUUCUUCAGAGGGGGCGGCGCGGUGCAUGGUGGGAAGGAGGCGGGAGGGCGGGCGGCGGCGGCGGCGGCAGGGUUCCCUCGCUCUCCUCAGUCCGCGCCGAGGGCCGCGCUCGCGGGGCGUCCCGAGGAGCCGCCGCCGAGGAUGCCGAAUUUCUGCGCCGCCCCGAACUGCACCCGCAAGAGCACCCAGAGCGACCUGGCCUUCUUUCGCUUCCCGCGGGACCCCGCCCGGUCAGUUUCCUUUUUUGGGGGUGGGGGGAGGAGGAUGGAGGUCAUAUGGGGGGGGGGUCCCACGGCAAAAUAGAGGAGAGGAACCGCGGGCCCGAGCCUGGGUUGGCGUGGAAGCGCGUUCACACGUUACGCAGUGGCGAACACGUGUUCGACAUGGAACACGUGCGUGCGAGAACGGUAAACCCUGGAUGAGCCCCGCGCAUUCUGGCCGUAUGCAUGUGUUUGCCGCGAACCUGAAGGUGGGGAUGCGUUUAGGCAUCAGAGGCAGGUUCACACGUUACGCAGCGGCGGACCCGUGUUCGUCAUGGAGCACGUUCGUGCGAGAAGGGGGAAUACCAUUUCCUUUAUUGCAAAACAAUUUACAUAUAGAACAUAAAAAACAACAGAAACGAACCAGUACAGAACCAACAUACCAACUGGACACUAACUAACUACACAUCAUUUAACAUCAGACACACUUUUGACUUCCGAGUCACAUCGUUGUGCUUUUUACACGUUAUUGGUCUUAUAUACGCAUUUCCUUUUUUUAUCUGUUACAUAUCAAGAGAGAUUUAUACUUUUGUAGCUUCCAUAAUGUACAAGAUUCAGUCUAGACCUGUAAGGAGAUAUGCAUUAUCACAAUACUUCUUUAGAAAUUCUUUAAAUAUUGUCCAAUCUUUGCUCACUUUCUGUUUUGAGUUUCCUUUUAUUCUCCCACUCAUUUCCGCAAGUUCCAAAUAUUCUAUCUUUUCCUGCCAUUCAAUUUUUGUGGGGAUUAAGUCACCUUUCCAGUUUUUUGCUAUUAAAAUUCUAGCCGCCGUGGUUGCGUGCAUAAAAAAGGUUCUAAAAUGUUUUUGAAUUUCUAGGCGUAUGCGUGUGUUUGCCGCGAACCUGAAGGUGGGGGUGCAUUUGGGCGUUAUUCAGUGGCGGACAUGUUUUUUUGCGUUGGGCGAAGGCAAAAUUUAGCUCCCCUUCUCCCAUACUUCUUAUUUUCCCAUAAUUCCUCUGGGUGCAGUUGUUUUGUUUCGGAUCUUUUCAGAAGAUGAAAAUAUAUGUGCAGAUUUUAUUGUCAUUAUUACUUUAUGCCCCCUCAGCUCAGCGUGUUACAUCUCUCAUGUUGCAUCUGCUUCAUGUUAUGUUCUUUCAGGUUAUGUCCUGCGGCGACCCGGAAGUACCGGAAAGGGUUACUUCUGGGUUUUGCCGCAUGCGCAGAAGCGGCGAAUCGCAACCCGCGCGUGCACAGAUGCGCUGCUGCGGGUUGCAUUCUUUUCAUGUUUCGAAUGGGCCUCUGGAACGGAUCCCGUUCGCAACCAGAGGUACCACUGUAUUUGCUGCUGCACACUUGUAUACGGCCCUUUGGCGAUAUCACUGGGCAGUUCGCCACACACACACAAAACGAGAACAAAAGAAUAUAGUGGACGCUCGGGUUGCGAAUGUGAUCCGUGCAGGAGACACGUUUGCAACCUGCAGUGCCGCGUCUGUGCAUGCGCAGGUCGUGAUUUGGCGCUUCUGUGCAUGUGCAAACCGCAAUUUAGCGUUUCUGCGCAAGCGCCGAAACUCAGAAGUAACCCAUUCCGGUACUUCCGGGUUCAGCACAGUGUGCAACCCGAAAUCGCGCAACCCGAAGCGUCUGUAACCUGAGGUAUGACUGUACAUUAAAAACAAGGCAGAAGAUCGAAAAUAGACCAAUAACCUCACCCCCCAAAAACACAUUUAAAAGGUCAUUUAAUGCAUUCACUGCUAGAUUACUGUUCCCCUUAGCGAAGCAUUCGAAACUCCCAUUGUUCCAGGCGCAUUUUGCGACGGAAUUUCAUUGGCGUGAGCAGUUUCUCAGCUCUGUGCACCUAAGAUUUCAGAUUAAAACUGCAGAGGGGAAGGAAAGGAGGACCCUUUUCUGCCUCCCGACUUCCAGCUACUCUCUGAAGAGUGGAGAAGAGAUCCUCUUAGGAAGAUUAGGGGGGUGGGCAGAGGAAGGACUAGACCAUGGGAAAAAUGAACAUAGUAAUUUAGCUGCAGUUCAUUCAUUUUCAGCUUUGUAUAUUACAAAAAAGCGCAGCUAGGCAUUCUGUUGUUGCGCCCGUAACCUCGGUUUAAGGUAGCAUUUAGCUCCUAGCUUUCAUAUCUCAGUUUCUAACACUGCCUUAGGGACACGUUUUGCUCAUUACAAUAGCGCUGUCACUUGAGUAAUAAUAUUAAGAGUGUGUGUGUGUGUGUGUGUGUGUGUGUAUUAAAAUUUAUAUUUAUUUAUACCCUACCAUUUUCCCUGACAGAAAGUCAGCUUGGCUUACAGUUAAAACAAAAGCAUUUACUUUUUUGUACCGCUUUGCCCAGCAUCCUUUGACUCAGACCCACAACCCUGGGAUUAAGAGUCCCGUCCUCUAACCAACUGAGCUAUCCCAAAAUACACAUGGAUAUAUUGCUGUUCAGUUGAGGAUAGCUUCAGGGACACAUUCACACAUAUGGGUGUACACAGUUUGAUUACUGUGCUAUUGCAGCUCGGUUUUCCUGUAAUGGUACCUCGGUUUACGAACUUAAUCCGUUCCGGAAAUGGUUCUUAAACCGAGGCGUGCUUUCCCUAAUGAGGCCUCCCGCUGCCGGUGCCCUUCCACCGUUCAGAUUCCGUUCUUAGAAUGAGGUAAAGUUCGCAAACCGGGACAGGACACUGCUUCCGGUUUUGUGGAGUUUGUAAACCGAUUUUUGGUUCUCUUUCCAGUCAAGAAUAGUUUGAAACCGUUUAAACACAUUUAUCGAGAGACACUUCAUGAAUUAGAGGUUGAAUAAUUGUUUCACUUUGGUUUCUCAAACCGCCUUAUAGUGUCAAAAAGAAUUUCCACAGCUGUACAAAAUAGCAGAUGUGGUUUAGUAUGAAAAUCAUAUACGUAGUUUGUUUUACACAGAUUUAGUUUCACAGCUGAACCUUUCCGAGAUGUGGGCAAUCGUCCAAAACAUACGUGCUGAUGUGGCUCCUUAGAAUAUAUUUUGCAUGUUUCAUCACGGCUUUUGCUUGAAAAUUUCAACAUCUGUCAAUCCAGAAAUAGCAUGAUAAGUGUGACUUCAUUAGGAUUUGAAAAACUGCACGGAUACACCUGGAUCUUCUUCCGAUUUACCCCCCACUCACCCCAAAAACAUAGUGACCAUUCUUGUUAUUGGAUCUACUGUUCAGAAUUUAUAAAAUUGUUCCUUAGAGGGCCAUCUGGCAACAAGAAAAUAAUUGAAAAUGUCAUGUCAGCAUCAUAGUUCUCUGGGAUACCUUCCUGCCAUUAAGCCGUUGCUCAUUCAUCAGCAGGUGCAAGAUGGAAAUAAAUUCUCUCUUGAGAUGCUUUCCUUUUUCUAUACCUUUCUCACAGGAGGAAGGAACAUUAUUUGAGGCAAUGAAUAAUCAGACCGAAGCCUGUUUGUUUAUUCAUUCAUACAUAUAUCCCACCAUUCCUUCUAGUGAGAGCUUUUUGUCCCAAUGGCGUGAGCCUUUAAGCAAAGGUUGGUUUGUGCUUCAUUCCUGUUUCACGAAAGUCAGAUGGUUAAAGCUGACUGAACAACCGAGCUAAUUCCAGACCUGGACUAUGAAAGUGCGUUUUUACCCUGACCGUCUUAACUGAGCUUUUUAUUAAAAAGUUGGUGUUUCCUAAAUUUCUGAUACCAGUGGCACUACUUUCUGAAUUAACGGUGAAGUGAAUCUCCAAUUUUAAUGCUUCCCAAAAGGUUUACAUUUAUAUCAGCCUUGUAAACAAGCUGCCAAACGUUACUGUCCCGAAAAAUGGACUAGCAGGCUCGCAUCAGCAGCCUGCUGCAUUUCUGCCUUGGGCCUGGGGUUCCUCUGUCUUGUCGUUUAGUCGUGUCCGACCCCCUGGACCAGAGCACACCAGGCACUCCUGUCUUCCACUGCCUCCCGCAGUUUGGUCAAACUCAUGCUCGUUGCUUUGAGAACACUGUCCAACCAUCUCGUCCUCUGUCGUCCCCUUCUCCUUGUGCCCUCCAUCUUUCCCAACAUCAGGGUCUUUUCCAGGGAGUCUUCUCUUCCCAUGAGGUGGCCAAAGUCUUGGAGCCUCAGCUUCAGGAUCUGUCCUUCCAGUGAGCACUCUGGGCUGAUUUCCUUCAGAAUGGAUAGGUUUGAUCUUCUUGCAGUCCAUGUGACUCAAGAGUCUCCUCCAGCACCACAAUUCAAAAGCAUAAAUUCUUCGGCGAUCAGCCUUCUUUAUGGUCCAGCUCUCACUUCCAUACAUCACUACUGGGAAAACCAUAGCUUUAACUAUACGGACCUUUGUCGGCAAGGUGAUGUCUCUGCUUUUUAAGAUGCUGUCUAGGUUUGUCAUUGCUUUUCUCCCAAGAAGCAGGCGCCUUUUAAUUUUGUGACUGCUGUCACCAUCUGCAAUGAUCAUGGAACCCAAGAAAGUAAAAUCUCUCACUGCCUCUGUCUUACCUUCAUGCAAUUCCUUGUUACCUCUGACUACCAGGUAAAUGCAUAGGUCAGGCAUAGGCAAACUCUGGCCCUCUAGAUGUUUGGGACUACAAUUCCCAUCAUCCCUAGCUAACAGGACCAGUGGUCAGGAAUGGUGGGAAUUGUAGUCCCAAACAUCUGGAGGGCCAGAGUUUGCCUAUGCCUGGCAUAGGUAUUCUUUUGAGCGCAUUAGAGGAGGAAUUACCUACCUGACCUGUGAGAAGUCCACGCCUUGUGUUUCCGCGCCAUUCACUGGCCUGGCCUCCUGAUUUAUGCAGAGAGGCAACAGGUAGCCUCACCUGAGCCCAGGUAAUCCCACUGCUUGCCUGCACCGAAUGGUCCAGUCAUGCCCAAUAUAAAGGAGUAACUCUAAAAAAUCACAAGCAACACGUGGCUAAUAAUGUUUUAACCAAAUCUUUGUAACAUGUAUUGUUUCACAUUUCUUAAACAGAAAAUAUAUAAUGGAGUCACAGAGGCAAAUAAGCCAUUCAACAGUCACAAUCCUGUAGUCGUGCAAUAAUGGAAGCUCCAAGCGUAGUAAUUCUUAAACAGAAAGUAUGUAAUAGAAUCACAGAUAAUGAAAGUCUAUCACUGUUGCAUGCCCAACAUAAGGCAAUACAGUGGUACCUCAGGUUAAAGACGCUUUAGGUUGCAGACGCUUCAGGUUACAUACUCCGCUAACCCAGAAAUAGUACCUCAGGUUAAGAACUUUGCUUCAGGAUGAGAACAGAAAUUGUGCAGCAGCAGCGGGAGGCCCCAUUAGCUAAAGUGGUACCUCAGGUGAAGAACAGUUUCAGGUUAAAAACGGACCUCCAUAACGAAUUAAGUACUUAACCCGAGGUACCACUGUAUAGUCCAUAAGCGUCAAAGAGGCAAACAAGCCUUUCAACAGUCAAAGUCCUAUGACCGUGCGACAAUGGAUGCUCCAAAACGUGGAGAACGGAACAGUUCUUCCGGAUGACGAACUGUUUCGAUAGUAACUCUUCACCAGCAGUUAAAUGGUCCUAACGGGUACAUCAAGUAGCAUAGGAUCAGCACUCACUAAGAUGUGUAGAAAGCAAUAUAUUGGAGUGGCAGAGUCCUAGUUCCUGCAGAGACUUGGUUGGACUUUUUCUCUUCCCAGAGCCGUCUUGCAUAAACGCAGCGUGGCUCACAGGCACCUCUAAAUGACUUUAUCUGUUUGGUGGAGGAGCAGCGCCUUCUCUGGCAACUAUUGUUUUGGGAGCUAAUGACCUGUUAUCUCUCGCAGAUGUCAGCGUUGGGUUGAGAACUGCCGAAGGGCCGAUUUGGAAGAUAAGACGCCCGACCAAUUGAACAAGCACUACAGGCUGUGCGCGAAGCACUUUGAAACCUCGAUGAUAUGUAGGAGCGUAAGUAAAAGGAAUCGGCAGUAAUUGUCUCCUGCUUCCUAUGCGACAUGCAACUGGAUUCCGCCUUCCUCCUGCGUUAACUCGUGUCGGAAGCAGGAGUCCCAGGAACGUCUUAUCAAACAAAAUGCUUUUCGCGACUUGAUUUACUGCCUGUUGCUAAUUGACUGGCUCUUCCCGCCAGCUGGAAUGUGCGGGUUGCCUUCUGCCCUCUCCUGUGCGUGCCUAACCUGUGUGCUUUCAGUGCUUUUAAGCCUUGCAGGAUUACUUAAAUAUGAAAAAAUGCAGGGGGGUGUAUUGGUGUUCUGGGAAUCGGCACUGUACGUGUCGGAGAAAAGCAGCGAUUGGCCUCUCCCAUUGAAAAUACUGGGUUUCCUUGAAGAGGCCUUGCCUGAAACUCUGCUGGGGAGAAUUCCAUCUCUAAAAUCAAAUUGCGUUUUAUGGCCUCAAAAACGUUUUUAGAAUAAUAUUUUAAAUAGCCAAGUGGAUUAGCUUGCACAUGGGAUGCAGAAGCAGCUGGCUUCACUUUUGCUAUGUUGGUGUAGAAUUUUGCUUUAAAACAUCAGGUGCCUCCCCCUGCACCCCCCCCCCCGAUUGGCAGGUAGCCUUUUGAGGAAGGGCUUGCAUGAGAAUCACAUAUGCAUUAAUAUAAUUCCCUGAAAGCAGCUGUUUCCCCCCCAUGUAAAAAAAAACCCACUAGUUGCCUUUAAAAAUCCUCUCUCCAAGAGUGCUGGAUGUUGGGAGGGGAUUCAAAGUACAGUCAUACCUCGGGUUACAGACGCUUCAGGUUGUACGUUUUCGGGUUGCGCACUGCGCUGAACCCAGAAGUACCGGAAUUGGGUUACUUCCGGGUUUCAGUGCAUGUGCAGAAGCACUAAAUCGCGCUUUGCGCAGAAGCGCUGAAUCGCAGCCCGCGUGUGCGCAGACACGGCACUGUGGGUUACAAACGCUGCGGGUUGCGAACGUGCCUCCCGCAUGGAUCACGUUCGCAACCCAAGCACCCACUGUAUAAGUAUGGCAACAUUUUGCUGGCUACCUUCCUUGUUGUCUCAGAACUCCAGCAUAACAAUCACAUGAAUGAAACUGGGACCAGAAACUGUUCAUCACUUGCUCGUCUGAGAACCCUAGACUAUAACCCAGCAGUGUUCAUCCUCUCCUCCAAACGUGGUUGCAAACUCAUGUCUGCCGUUAAAAGGACGCUCUCUGUGGAGCUGUAGAGGACUGCAUGGAUCUGUAUACCCACAGAAUACAGUGGUACCUCUGGAUGCGAACGGGAUCCAUUCCGGAGCCCCAUUCGCAUCCCAAGUAAAACGUAAGAAGCGAUUGCGCGUGCGCGGGUUGCAUUUUGCCGCUUCCGCGCAUGCGUGUGAUGUCAUUUUGAGCGUCUGUGCAAGCAGCGAAACCCGGAAGUAACACGCUCCGUUACUUACGGGUUGCCGCGGAGUGUAACUUGAAAAUGCUCGACCUGAAGCACAUCUAACCCGAGGUACGACUGUGUAUGCAUUUUACAAAUGUGUUUGUCUCAUUCAUUGGUUGCACUUUGUAGGAGUGCAGCUGGUGCAUUAAAAGUAUGCCUCUUAUGCAAAUUCAACUUGGUUGGUCCCAACAUAAAAAUACUCUUUCUCCCUGCUGGUGUCUUGGCAGGGAGGCAGCUUGCAGAACUUUCUUCUAAGAGCAGUUUGGUUUCAAUAGCCUCCCAUUAUCCAGAUCAUUUGGUUCCUUGGUCUGACCUGGAGGCAGGGCAGGUGGGAAGAGUUCUUCUGGGAUGGGUUUGGGGGGACAGGAACCCAGUUGCCCUGUUAAGUGCAAUGCACCCAGAAAUGUCAGCAACAUCUGUGAGGAGUUGCUACUUUUAGCUGGAUUUAUAAGAACUGUUAACUUGGAAAACGUGCAUCAUAGUCUCUCUUCCCCCCAGCUCCUUUUUCCUUGUGUGUUGUGUCCCUUUUGCUUGCACGCCUGAGGGCAGGAGCCGAUUUAAUACUGAUUUUGUAAGCCGCUCCUGAGAGUUUUUGGUCUACAGGGUGGGGUAUAAAUGCCCUAAACAAAUUUAUUUGUCUCUGUGGCCAGGCAGUUCUGAGAGUUCGCAAUAUCAAAAGCAACACGAUGGCCAGAAACAAUAACAAUGUGAAAAACUUUAUGGAAUAAUUCAGAACAUCAAAGCUAACAAACUGAAGUCUCUGAAAGUCCUUAAAUGAAUCACGGUGCCAGACUUUACCCGGUGUAAGUAGAACGAUAUGUAAUUUCUUCAUUAACCAAUCUUUUUUAGAAUAGAUAUAAUGAAAAAUGAAAAAUACUCUGGAACAGUGCUCAUGCGAUUAUGUAGUCACUGUGCUACUUAACGAGUGUUGAAUUAAUUGGCUGAUGAAGAAUUCAACGAAACAAUAGUUGUUAUCCGGAAACACUGUUCAGCAGAGUUCAGAGUUGGACAUCAGAAUUGGACAUUUUCUGAUUAUACAAAGCUUCACAGCUUGCUCUCUGGCGGGGAAAGUCUGGCACCGUGAUUCAUUUAAGGACUUUCAGAGACUUCAGUUUCUUAGUUUUGAUGUUUUGAAUUAUUCCAUAAAGUUUUUCGCAUUGUUAUUGUUUCUGGCCAUCGUGUUGGUUCUGAGAGUUGAUCAGAAUCAUACUUAACUGUACUUGGCAGGGAUGGAUAAGAGUUGACAUAAAUCCAAAAGCUAAGGUAUAUAAAAGCAGAUUCGCCACAUGCUCUUUUGGUGGUUUGCUGUUUUCCAGAGGGCUCCCUCCUGAUUCUAAAUGAAGGAUAGUAACCUUCCCUCUGCGCCUUCCCUGGGAACUUGUUUUUCCCCACUUAAAGAAACAUGCUGUAAAACGAUGAGAGAUGAAGACUUUUGCUUUUCUCUUUGCAGAGUCCCUACAGGACUGUUUUACGAGACAACGCCGUGCCAACAAUUUUCGACCUCACGAGCCAUUUGAACAACCCACAUAGCAGACACAGGAAGAGAAUUAAAGAGCUGGUAGGUUUGCCUUGGACUGAGAUGCUACAACUAAGCCGACCAGUCAGUCUUUGUUCUCUGUUAUGGCUUGAAGUCAAAACAAUAAAGAAAUAAGAAAGGAAUUAUAACAAGACAAUAUACUCCCAGUAGCAGAAAAAUAUAAUUUAUUUACUAUACUACUGAGGAGGCAGAAAACUGGCUCAAACUUCAGAAACUGCCAAGUCGAGUCCCACCACUGCUAAUAGCGUCACCCUAUUUUGUGAAAGAGGGACACGUGUGGCGCUGUGGUCUAAGAGCCUAGGGCUUGCUGAUCAGAAGGUCGGCGGUUUGAAUCCCCGCAACGGGGUGAGCUCCCGUUGUUCGGUCCCAGCUCCUGCCAACCUAGCAGUUCGAAAGCAUGAAGUGCAAGUAGAUAAAUAGGUACCGCUCUGGCGGGAAGGUAAACGGCGUUUCCGUGCGCUGCUCUGGUUCGCCAGAAGCGGCUUAGUCAUGCUGGCCACAUGACCCAGAAGCUGUCUAUGGACAAACGCCGGCUCCCUCGGCCUAUAGAGCGAGAUGAGUGCUGCAACCCCAGAGUCGUCCGCAACUGGACCUAACGGUCAGGGGUACCUUUACCUUUAUUUUGUGAAAACACGGCAGAAAUUUGUUUUGGGUUUGUUUGUUUUGCAAUUCAGAUUAAUUUGCUUUUACCUCCACAACUGGGUCUAAAAAAUGGUGGAAAUUUGCAGAAGAAAAAUAAGGCAACAGAUUGAAAAAAUGAGGUACGUCCUCUACAUAACCACAGUCACAAAGACGGAGUCUAAAGUCGUAAAGCGUUUUGGCACCUGUUAACACCCUGAGAGAAGUUAGCACUGUUAAGUAGUUUCAGAGAGGCUAGCAAUACAGUUAUGCCCAAAUGGUCUAGUUCAGUACAAGAGGAAUGGGAAUAGCGCAGGUUUUCUUCUACGCUGUAUGUUUUGCCGUGUCUUCAAUUACAAAUCUCUUGUUUGUUUUAGCAUCCUCGGCCUUCUGAGAAAUUGACUGUUUGAUGGGUCUCUUCCAAAUGCGGGGUUGAAUAUUUAUUUAUUUAUUGGAAUAUAUAUAUAUAAAGGCAACAGAGGAAAGCACUCAUUUCCUCCACCGCCACCUGGGCUGAUGAUGCUGUAAUAAUAAUAAUAAUAAUAAUUUAUUAUUUAUACCCCGCCCAUCUGGCUGGGCUUCCCCAGCCACUCUGGGCGGCUUCCAACAAAAUAUUAAAAUACAGUAAUGCAUCAAACAUUAAAAGCUUCCCUAAAGAGGGCUGCCUUCAGAUGUCUUCUAAAAGUCUGGUAGUUGUUGUUCUCUUUGACAUCUGCUGGGAGGGCGUUCCACAGGGCGGGCGCCACCACCGAGAAGGCCCUCUGCCUGGUUCCCUGUAACUUGGCUUCUCACAGGGAGGGAACUGCCAGAAGGCCCUCAGCAUUGGACCUCAGUGUCCGGGCAGAAUGAUGGGGGUGGAGACACUCCUUCAGAUAUACUGGGGCACACAAGACUUUGCUGACUUGCCUUAAACUAUUGUGGUUGGCACUGUCAACAUCCCGUCCCCCAAACUCUCAGGUAUGCUUGCAGAGUGCAGACUGGCUUCUUAGUUUGUGGAAGGAAGCCAGAAGUGGAGCAAGUCCCUCUUGCCAUUGCUCCAAAACCCAGCAUAAUAUGAGGCACGACCCCCUCUCAGCAUUCCCCAGCUCUCUGUGGACUUGGAAAGUGAGGAGGGUUUGGUUUUUGCGCCUUGCAGUGUGAAAUACAGUGGUACCUUGAGUUACAUACGCUUCAGGUUACAGACUCGGCUAACCCAGAAAUAGUACCUCGGGUUAAGAACUUUGCUUCAGGAUGAGAACAGAAAUCGUGCUCCGGCGGCAGCGGGAGGCCCCAUUAGCUAAAGUGGUGCUUCAGGUGAAGAACAGUUUCAGGUUAAACACAGACCUCCGGAACGAAUUAAGUACUUAACCCGAGGUACCACUGUAUUCUUCCUCCUCUGUGCAGUUCUCUCAACACUUCCAGGAGGUACUACUAUGAAAUAAAACCCCAUUUCUUUCUGUAAGCUUCCAAAGCCACGCAGGCAAAGACAGUUUUAUCCCUAAUGGACCGGAAUAUACGUUUGGAUUCAAAAGACUCCUGCUUACAAAAUUAGUAGAUUUCUAGUGACUUGUCGGUGGCUCAUAGAAUUUCUUGUUUUUCUCUCUCUUCAGAGUGAAGAAGAAAUAAGAACAUUAAAGCAGCAAAAGAGUAAGUUGAUCGGACGAUUGAAGGAGGGAUAACCUCUGGAGGCAAUUAGCUUAUGAUUAGAAAAUAUCAUAUUUUGGUCCUGUUUCUCCAGGAAGCCUCUUUCUCCUUGCGUAAAAGGCUGAAUGCAAAUGUCCUACGUCAAUACAAUGACUCAAUGGUAUUAAACGCUCUCUUAACUCCUGGGAUUGCGACUUGUGCACAAUCCAGCCAAGCCCUAUUGGUAUCAGUGGAAUAAUUUAGCAUAUGAUUUUUAAGUCUCUUCUCUCCCUUUAAAUCAAUGGGACUUUGGCUGAAUCGUGUCUGCUGUGUGGUGAACAGUGAAGAGGUCCAAAGCUUUCAUACGCUGUAUUCUUAGCCAUACACCAAAAGUAGUCCUUGGACAACCAUGUGGUUGCAAACACACGCAGCCUUCGCAAACCAUAUAUUUGGGACUACAGCCCCAAAGCAUAUGGAGGGUGUCAGGUUGACAUAUGCUGGCCUGCAGAGACACUUACCAGCAAUGUUAGAAACUCAGAUAUAUAAGCUAGGCACCAAAUGGCUCCUUAAACCAGGGUUACAGUAGCCAAAACGGAAUGUCUAGUUGCUAUUUUGGGGCUUGAAAGUCGUAUUUUUCAGCUAUGACUUUUGGGUUCCUGAAAUUCAGUCUGAUGGUUCAGAUAAAAAUAUAAAAAAAGAUAAAAAAAAAAAAAUUCUACAGGCUGUGUUAGUAUGUGAAAACGUUCCAGAUCCAAUGAUCCUCAGGUAUACACCUCCAGAUGGUGGAGAUGUCAGGUUAGCCCUGUCCUAAAGUGCAAUGGGCCUGAGUCCUUCACUGGGAUAAGAGAAAUUUAUUACAUGUGUAUUGUGUUCUUCCUAGAAAGUUAAUAUGCCCUCCACCAUUGAGUGGUUUACAGUUGGCAAUCUAAAAUAGUCAUUAAACAUGCAAAUAAAAAGAAACAAGUUACAUGUAUGUGUAUACCAAAAUCACAUUGCAAUAUUACCGUAUUUUUCGCUCUAUAGGAUGCACUUUUCCCCCUCCAAAAAUUAAGGGGAAAUGUGUGUGCGUCCUAUGGAGCGAAUGCAGGCUCCCUGGCUUCAGCGAUAGCAACACGAAGCCUGCGCUCUGGAGGCUUCGCGUUGCUUUCGCUGAAGCCAGGAGAGUCUGGUCUUUGAGGCUGGCGGUGGGGGAAAGCAGCGCUUCCCCCCACCACCAGCCCCACAGGCUCAGGGGGCAGCGGGAAGGCGCGUGUCCCCGACCUGGUUUUGAGGCUGGCGGUGGGGGAAAGCAGCGCUUCCCCCCACCACCAGCCCCACAGGCUCGGUCGAAAAGCCCACAGGAGCCCCUUCUCCCUCCUGUGGGCUUUUGCAGGAGAUGGGGGAAUUUCCCCACCUCCCGCAAUAGCAGGGAGAAGGUCUGGGAUAAGUGCACAGGCUUGAUUUCCCCCUCUGAAAACUAGGUGCGCCCUAUAGUCAGGUGCGCCCUAUAGAGCGAAAAAUACGGUAAUUGAAAAGUAUGUGCAGCUGUUAAUAUUGUUAUACAUGCAGUGCUGUCUAUUGGCUAAGGCAGUACAUCUUUCUCAACCAUUGUUGGGCUACAGCUCCCAUCAUCCCUGACCACUGGUCCUGCUAGCUAGGGAUGAUGGGAGUUGUAGUCCAACAAUAUCUGGGGGGCCCAUGUUUGAGGAAACACCGAUCCAAGGGGGUCACCAGCAUAGUGCGCUUUUGGUGUUCUGAUCUCCAACUCCCAGCAGCCCCUGUCAACCUGGCCAGUUGCCAGGAAUGAUGGGAGUUGUAGUCUAUGUCAUCUGGAGGGGGCACCAUUGUUGACUACCCAUGGUCAAAGAGUUCUGGAGUGCCGCAGAUGAUGAGUUGGUGUUGCUGGCGUUUCCAUAUUAAAUAUAUCAUUAUCUCCUCUCCUAGUUGAUGAAGCUUAUGAGCAGGAAAAGAUGAACCAGGAAUCUGUCGACAACGACAUGCGGAACCCAGCCUCUGAGGAAGGAGGCGACGAGCCGGUCGAAGACGAUGUCCCUUUAACGCAAGAGGAGAGGGAAAACAAAGAUUACCUUAAAUCUCUGUUUGAGAUUUUAAUCCUGAUGGGGAAGCAGAACAUCCCUUUGGACGGCCACAGCGCUGAUGAACUCCCUGAGGGGAUCUUUACUCCAGACAACUUCCAGUCUCUCUUGGAAUUCAGGAUAAAUUCCGGAGAUGAGGUUCUGCGGAAGCGGUUUGAGACCACGGCUGUGAACCUCGCCUACUGCUCCAAAGCCCAGCAGAAGCAAAUGCUGGAGAUAUGCGAAAGCUGCGUGCGGGAAGAGACCCUCCGCGAGGUCAGGGACUCUCACUUCUUCUCCAUCAUCACAGAAGAGGUGGUGGAUCUCGCCGGCGAGGAACACUUGCCGGUGCUGGUGAGGUUUGUGGACGAUUCUCACAACCUGAAGGAGGAAUUCAUAGGGUUCUUGCCGUACGAGGCGGACCCUGAAAUCCUGUCCGUUAAGUUCCACACGACCAUUACCGAAAAGUGGGGCUUGAACAUGGAGUACUGUCGAGGCCAAGCCUACAUCGUCUCCAGCGGCUUUGCCUCGAAAAUGAAGACUGUGGCUACAAGGAUCUUAGAGAAAUACCCUCAGGCUGUUUAUACGCUGUCGUCUUCCUGUGCCUUGAACAUUUGGCUAGCCAAAUCUAUUCCAGUCUUGGGCAUUUCCAUCGCCCUAGGAAAGAUAGAGGAGGUUUGCACGUUUUUCCAUCAGUCGCCCCAGUUGCUAGCUGAUCUGGACAACGUCAUCUCCAUUCUCUUUCCGAACAGCGAAGAACGGGGGAACGAGCUGAAGGAAGUGGUGCGUUCCCACUGGACGGGCCGCCACGACACCUUUGAGAUUGUCGUGGACCUCAUGCAAGCCCUGGUGCUGUGCCUGGACUCCAUAAACGACACCUCCGUCCGGUGGAACAGCUCCAUUGCCAGCCGGGCUUGCACGCUUUCCACCGCCCUGUCGGAUUUCGACUUUGUGGUCACCGUCGUGAUCAUCAAAAACAUUCUCUCUUUCACCAGGGCCUUUGGCAAGAACCUCCAAGGCCAGACCUCGGACGUCUUCUUUGCGGCCAGCAGUUUGACGGCGGUCUUGCAUUCCCUGAACGAGGUGAUGGAGAACAUCGAGGUGUACCACGAGUUCUGGUUUGAGGAAGCCACCACCUUGGCCACCAAGCUGGACCUGCCCGUCAAACUGCCCGGCAAAUUCAGCCGUGCCCAGCAAGGGAGCUUGGACUCCGAAAUCACCCCGGAAAACUACUACAAGGAAGCCCUUAGCAUCCCGACCAUGGAGCACAUAAUUCAGGAGCUGAAAGACAUAUUCUCCGAGCAGCACCUGAGGGCUCUGAAGUGCUUGUCUCUGGUGCCCUCGGUCAUGGGGCAGCUCAAAUUCAACACGUCCGAGGAGCACCAUGCCGACAUGCACAAAAACGACCUCCCCAAUCCUGACACGCUCUCCGCGGAGCUUCAUUGCUGGAGAAUCAAGUGGAAGCACAGAGGGAAGGACAUUGAGCUCCCCACCACCAUUUACGAAGCCCUCCAUUUGCCCGACAUCAAGUUUUUCCCCAACGUGUACGCCUUGCUCAAGGUCCUCUCCAUCCUGCCCAUAAUGAAGGUGGAGAACGAGAAAUUUGAGGUGGGCCGGAGGCGCUUGAAGGCCUACCUAAGGAACACCUUGACCCAGCAGAGGUCAAGCCACCUGGCCCUGCUCAACAUCAACUUUGACAUUAAGCACGACUUGGAUAUGAUGGUCGACACCUACAUCAAGCAGUACCCCGAGAAAGUAGAGGAGGAUUUCCUUCCCCCUAACAGUUCAGAAGCGACGGAAGAGACUUAACACAGGAACGGGGCAGUUCUCUCUUGUCUGUUUUGGAGACUUGGGUUUUGCCUUAAAAAAAGGCAGGUUGGGGGUUCCUAACUGAAAGAGGAGGAGCUGGGUCACAGCAAGCAUCUUUCUGUUUCUACGGCGUGUUUCCUCAACAAGCCCUGAGCAAUUGCUCAGCUUUUGUUGCUUCUUGACCUCCCCACCCUCUCCUGCCCCGAUUUACCGUUCUGUAAAGCUUUUAUUAUUUAAAACUGCACAGAGUCUGCAGUUGCCGCAACUGUGCGCCUGCUCUCUCUUCCCCACCUGCCAUCCCUUACAAUACGACACAGUUUAAUCUCUUCGCUUUAGGGAAACCCAGUUCAUGGGUUGCCAUACUUCUGCCCAGAUAACUAAAAAAUGCCCUUUAAAAAUGAACAAAAUGUGCCGGGUUGUUGCUGUUUCGGCUUAUGGGUCUCCCUGAACCCCGGACAGGAAAAUCUUCUAAAAUGGUAUACAUUUAAAUGAACUAUUUAGAGCAGUUUGAAUUGGGUCUAAUCCAUGCCUUCCUAAUGUUACUGGACUCCAGCUUCCAUCAUCCUUGCUGGCUGGGGCUGAUAGGCAUUGGAGUCUGCGGUACCAAGAGAACCCUGUGAUGGUUACCCCUGCCCUAAACUAAUCUGUUGUCGAAAUUCUUUUAUGUGUCUGGAGUUCAGUUCCCCUGAGACUUGCAGGACUUCCCACAACACUCUGCACAGAGGAUUUUAGAUAAGGGCUUUUGGCCCCUUCUCAUUUCGGUGAUCCUAGUCCGGCCGUUCCGGAGGAAUGUGUCUUUUUUUCAAAGGGGUGCGCUAACUUCAUCUUGUUUCAUCUUGCUGCCCUUGUUUCCCUUCUGUUCCAUUGACUGUUUGAUGGCCCUCUUUGACCUCUCCUCUACUUUUAGGACUGGAAGAGAGCUCUCCAUCCCCCAGAAAUGAAGCUAUCUUGUAAAAGGAACAACAACAGAAAACUAUAUUCCAAGAGCAUCUAAAACUGUGCGUCGGCCGGACUUGCAUCUAUAGGUUUUUACUAGCCUCCAGAAUAUGAAUUGCAAGCCUAGUUAGGCAGAAGAGCAAAGUGGAGGAUAUGUUCUGUUUUGGUUUGGUUUUUUUUAAAGAAAAAUGUAGAAGUCCUAUGAAGAUUUUUUUCCUGCUGGUAUUUUUUUGGCAAACAAAGGAAACGUUUUUGUAUAGUUUUAUUUCCAUCCAGAAUAAAAUGUGAAUUUGCUA